CUUUCUCUCUCUCACAAUCACGGAUUCUGUGUCAAUGGUGGUGAACGCCGACUAGGUUUUCGUUUUGGUUAAUUCAUCCACGGUUUCAUCGAUACCCAGUUGAUUUAAUGUCGAUUCCGAACGAUGGUUUUGAUGGGUGUUCAUCGUCAACGCCAAGAUCAUCCAAGAUUGUGCAUCUGAUCCGUCAAUUUACCACCACCAUGAAAUCCGGCGGUCUGAAGCUUAAAGACCGGCGUAAAAAACCUACACAAGUCCAUGCUCUUACUAUCAACUCCAUAUUGUCAGCAUCUUCGUCUACGAAUAGUGAUGAAUCGACAAUACUCCCAUUUGUCAAUGCUAAAUCUGUUCUUCCUUAUGGUCUUCCURUUACUCACCUUAUUGAACCCCCUUUAGAUCCUCAUCUCAACCCUGUUGAUUUCGUUGACUCUAUCUCGGAGCUGUACCGGAUAAUCAUUCGUUCUUCUUCUGAACCGGAGACUUGUUGUUUGUAUCUGGAACAGUAUGCGUUAUUGUGCGCAGUGGGUGAUCCAAAGCUGCUUCGAAGAAGCUUACAGUCGGCUAGGGAACACGCUGUUGAUACACAUUCGAAGGUCGUACUUUCUGCUUGGCUGCGAUACGAGAGGAGAGAGGACGAGCUUGUGGGUGUUUCGUCCAUGGAUUGUAUUGCUAAGGUUCUUGAAUGCCCCAAAUCCGCUUUGGUUGAUAAUGUGUUUGAUCCUUCUCGUUCGGUUUUUGAUCGCUGCCAAUGUGUUCGACAUAAUGCAUCUGAGGAUGUUAAGGUUACUGUUUCACUAAACAAUGAAUGCUUGCUUGAUGAUGAUGAUGAUAAUGAUAAUGAUAAUGAUGAUGAAAUUGUUCGUUUUUGUAUUGGAGAUGAGGUAAUCAGUUGUAUUAGGCCUAAAAUAGCUUCAUUAUCUAGCCCAUUGAACACCUUAUUAUAUGGUAAUUUUGUCGAAUCAGCAAAGGAAAACAUCGAUUUUUCGCGAAUUGGGGUAUCUGGGGAAGCCAUGAGAGCUGUGGAAGUGUUUAGUAGGACAAAAAAUCUCUUGGAUUCUGCUUCUCCAUCUAUAGUUUUGGAGAUCCUUUCAUUUGCACAGAAGUUCUGUUGCGAAGAAAUGAAGUCGGCAUGUGAGGUUUAUUUAGCUUCACUAGUCUCUAAUGUAGACGAUGCCUUGAUCUUUAUCGAAUACGGAUUUGAAGACAGAGCAAGUCUCCUGGUAGCUUCUUGUUUACAGGUUUUGUUAAGAGAGCUUCCAAGUUCUUUAAACAAUCCCAAAGUUCUAAGCUUGUUUUGUAGUUUUGAAGCUAUAGAGAAGUUGGGUAUGGUUAAUCAUGCUUCUUUUUUGUUGUACUAUUUCCUUAGCCAAGUGGCUAUGGAGGAGAAGAUGACCUCCAUGAAUGCAGUCAUACUGUUGGAAAGAUUGAUCGGAUUGUCAACAGAGAAAUGGCAGAAAACCAUUGCAUUUCAUCAAUUGGGCGUUUUGUUAUUCGAAAGAGAAGAAUACAAAGAUGCUCAAACCUGUUUUGAAGCAGCGUUUGAAAUGGGUCAUGUUUAUUCAGCAACAGGCGUUGCUCGAGCAAUGUACAAGCAAGGGAAGACGUAUUCAGCACGUGAAAUGAUCAACAAGAUCAUAUCAGAGUGUAAACCGAAGGGAUGGAUGUACCAGGAGAGAUCUUUAUACAUUAUUGGGAGUAAAAAGAUGUUGGAUUUGGAAGAAGCCACUAAAUUGGAUCCUACACUUGCUUAUCCAUAUAAACACAGAGCUGUAUCAAUGGUGGCUGAGAAUUCGAUCAAUGGAGCUGUUCAAGAGAUCAAUAAGAUCAUUCGAUUCAAGGUUUCUUCUGAUUGUCUUGAACUACGGGCGUGGUUUUAUCUCGCACUCGAGGAUUACCAAGCUGCAGUGAGGGAUAUUCGAGCGUUGUUAAGUUUGGACCCGUAUUACAUGAUGUUUCAUGGGAGGAUGAGGGGCGACUACUUGGUGGAGAUCCUUAGUCAACGAGUUGAACAAUGGACUCCUGCUGAUUGCUGGCUGCAGCUUUAUGAUCGGUGGUCUUGUAUAGAUGAUAUUGGCUCACUCGCUAUAAUACAUCAGAUGCUUGCUCACGACCCUGGAAAGAGUCUUUUGAGGUUCAGACAGUCUCUACUUCUUCUAAGAUUAAACUGCCAAAAGGCAGCAAUGCGCAGCUUACGAUUGGCCAGAAAUCUAUCAACUACAAAGCAUGAAAGGCUUGUCUAUGAAGGGUGGAUCUUAUACGACACAGGUUAUCGUGAAGAAGCUCUCUCAAAAGCCAAAGAGUCGAUUUCCAUCCAGAGAUCAUUUGAAGCCUAUUUUCUAAAAGCAUACACACUGGCAGAUGCAUCUCUGGAUUCCGAUUCUUCUUUUGUUAUACAACUUCUUAACGAUGCUCUUAAAUGCCCUUCAGAUGGCCUUCGGAAAGGACAAGCACUAAAUAAUCUAGGCAGUAUAUAUGUGGAUUGUGGGAAGCAUGAUCUUGCUGCAGAUUGUUAUGUAAAUGCACUUGAUAUAAAGCAUACGAGAGCUCAUCAAGGGUUGGCGCGUGUUUAUUCUCUCAAAGAUGAAAGAAAAGCUGCAUAUGAUGAGAUGACAAAGUUAAUCGAGAAGGCGGAAAAUAGCGCAUCUGCUUAUGAAAAACGCUCAGAAUACUGCGAUCGUGAUAAUGCUACCAGUGAUCUAUGUAUGGCUACUCAGUUGGAUCCUCUCAGGACUUACCCAUACAGAUAUAGAGCUGCAGUGUUGAUGGAUGAACAAAAGGAAAGUGAAGCUGUUGAAGAGCUUACAAAAGCCAUAGCUUUCAAACCCGAACUCCAGAUGCUCCAUCUUCGAGCAGCAUUCUAUGAGUCAAUGAGUGACUACACCUUAGCCCUCCGAGAUUGUGAAGCAGCACUGUGUUUGGAUCCGAAUCACAAAGAGACUCUCGAGCUCUAUAAUCGAACACAAAAACAAGCUGCUGAGUAUACUUGAGUUGUUCAGUUCUCAUGGUUUGCAUUUUCCACUCAUCUUGGAGACAAGUGAAGAACUUUACACACCCUCCAUCGGUUUAAUUCCCUUCUUGAAGAACCUACCGCCGGCCAAAAAUAUACGACGAAAGAGGGACUUCCUUGGUGCCAGCUCGAGUUGGCAAGAAAAGUUCAGAAUCAAGGAGUUCACAGGUUACCUGGGCAGCAAUUCAGAAUCAAUAGGGAGAAAGAUGGCAUGAAAUAUGACCCUCAAAAUGUUGUAAAUUGUAAAAUCAAUUGUUUCUUCAUAAAUUCUUGAAUGAUACACAGCUUCUGUAUUCCUUUUGAGAUCUUAUAAAUUGAGGUAAUUGUUGAAA